AUGCUGGCAACCUCUCUUUUCCUCCGUCUCAUAUUAGUGACUCCUCUUCUAGCCUCCCCCCACCCCUGCUGCUAUGUUUGUGAUCUCUCUUUUCAUCAGGUUUCCCUCCUCUCAUGUUGGCAACCUCUCUUUUCUUUGCCUCUAUCCAUAUCAUCAUGUCUGCAAACUUUCUUUUGCACCCAUUUCAACCAUGCCAGUGACCUGACCUCCUCUCUUUCCCUCUGGCUCUUCCACCCAUCACUUUUUUCUGCAUCUCUCUUGGCCACCUCACUGUUCUUUUUUGAGUCUCUUUUGGCUGCACACUCUCUUGGUCAGCAUACCACUCUUGUACAUCUCUUUCUUGGCCACCAUGCCUCUCUUGGUCACCACAUUGUUCUUGUCCAUAUCUGUCUUGGCCACCACGUUGUUCUUGUCCAUAUCUGUCUUGGCCACCACAUUGUUCUUGUCCAUAUCUCUCUUGGCCACCACAUUGUUCUUGUCCAUAUCUCUCUUGGCCAUCAUGCCAGUCUUGUCCAUAUCUCUCUUGGCCACCACAUUGUUCUUGUCCAUAUCUCUCUUGGCCAUCAUGCCAGUCUUGUCCAUAUCUCCCUUGGCCACCACAUUGUUCUUGUUCAUAUCUCUCUUGGCCACCACAUUGUUCUUGUCCAUAUCUCUCUUGGCCACCACAUUGUUCUUGUCCAUAUCUCUCUUGGCCACCACAUUGUUCUUGUCCAUAUCUGUCUUGGCUACCAUGCCAGUCUUGUCCAUAUCUCUCUCAGCCACAACGUCAUUCUUGUCCAUAUCUGUCUUGAUGACCAGGCCGCUCUUGCCUGUGUCUCUCUAAGCCCCCAUGGUGUUCUUGUCUGUAUUUCUCAUCAUGUUGUUCUUGUGUGCAUCUCUCUUGGUCACCAUGUCACUCUUGUCCGUAUCUGUCUUAGCCACCACAUUGCUCUUGUCUGUGUUUCUCUCAGCCACCCAUUUUGUAUCCUUCUUGGCCACCCCUUGCACUUUACUGGCUCUCCCUCAUUGACUUUCUUCACUCCCUCAUACAACUUCACUUUCUACUCUCUCCCUUUUUAUCGUUUUUUUUUUUUUUUGCUCUUUUUCUGUGUGUUAAUGAAUUAUUUUCUUGCUAAUUUCUUUUCCUUCCUUUGGUUUCUUUUACAAUAA